AUGUUGAAAACCAAUUUAAUAAAAAUUUCGAUAAUUUUCAUUAUUGGUUGUUAUGUUAAUUAUUUUUGCUCGGCUGAAGACAUUGUAAUUGAAGUGGCCCCCACCACAUUAAAAUUCUCGCCGCAAAAUGUUACUGCAAAAGUUGGUGAUACUAUAACAUGGAAAGUGAUUCAAGGCAACCACAUUAUAGCAGAGUCUGAUGUUUUAGCAGGAUGUAGUAAAACAAAAGACAUUGGAUCAGUUUCAUCAAAUACACUUGUUGGUCCUCAAACAUUUUCAUACACAGUAACCAAAAGAAACAAUAAUGAAAUUUAUUAUUUUUGUGCUUAUGCUCAACAUUGUGCAAAUGGAAUGUGGGGAGUAAUAACAAUAUCUGGAUCAGAAACUAAUGGAACUAGUGAAACUAAUGAACCUGGUGAAACUGGUAGUGAUAAUGACAAAUCUAAUUCUGAUGACGAUUCAACCAAAUCAUUCUUAAAAGCCAAUUUAAAACUUAUUAUUGGCGUAUUAGUUGGAGUUAUUCUAUUCUCAAUUAUUGUUUUAUCAGUGAUUUUAUGUGCCUGUAGAAAAAGAAAAGCUAGAAAAGUAUUCAAAGAUGAAGAAGAAUCAGAAGAAAAUUAUAAUAAUUCAAUGUACAAAAGAGGUAUUAAUUACGAUACUCAUGACAUUAUUGAAGUAGAUUCUAAGAAAAAAGAUAUUUUGUCCUGA